AUGAGUGGUUUUAAAGGACUCACAAAAGUGAUAUACAAAGUGAAGAGCUACAAGCAAGACAGCCAUAUUACUUUCACCUACCACAGUGUCGAUGGCGAAGAAGGUUUUCCGGGUGAUCUUCAAGUCUCGGUGACAUACUCGCUACCGGAGCCAAACAAGCUGGAGGUCAAAAUGAAGGCAAAGGCUCUGAACAAGCCCACCCCGGUGAGCCUGGGCACCCACUUUUACUGGAACCUCGGGGGCCACAACAGCGGGGAUAUCCUAUCCCAUAGUCUCCAGCUGUUUGCCUCCAGGUUCACCCCGUUGGACAUCGAACUCAUCCCUACCGGAGAGAUUAGUCCAGUUCAAGGCACGGUAUACGAUUUCCUUCAACCCCACAUCAUCGGAAGCAAAAUGAAGGAGCUAAAGGGAGGCUACGACAUGAACUAUGUCGUGGACAACGCAGGGGACGGUCGGUUGGCAAAGGUGGCGGUGGUGCAGGAGAGCAAGUCUGGGAGGAAGAUGGAGCUGUGGAGCACCGCUCCCGGGGUACAGUUUUAUACGAGUAACGUCAUGGGAGGAGUUAAGGGGAAGGAGGGGUUGUGCUUGGAGCCGCAGGGCUUCCCCAACUCAGUGAACCAACCGAAUUUUCCAUCCCAGAUUGUGAACCCAGGCGACAUUUACAAACAUGUUAUGGUUUUUGAAUUCACAGCAAAUAGUAAUUAG